AUGGACUUCCUCCGUCGUUGGGAUCGCAUGGUUUUCGGUGCUUUUGAGAGGCUUGUUCGUGUGACUGGAGUCAACUCGUCGGCGCCUAGAUCAAGCGUCGUAUCAAGCCUCCAUCACAGCAACGGCUCCCUCUCGAUGAUCGAAGCCUUGCCGGCGGAGAUCUUGGGACUAGUCCUCGCACAGUCUGAUCUCGAAGCGAAGGAUAUCAUCAACCUAGGUCUCUGCUCCACCACCCUAUGGUCUCACACUCUAUCACACAUCCGCCGCGACUUGAGACUGCAUACCGGAUCCUGGGCAGGUCAGCCUUUACUUUGUACGGGAACAUAUCUCACCACCCUCCCUGAAGCGAUCUACGACCUAUUACCAGAGGAGAAGGCCAAGGAAGACGAGUAUCAGGCUUUCAUGGAGAACUACCACUCCGGUCCAACCAUACCUGGACGUGGUCGUAUAGGGAAAAGAUGGUAUGGCCCUUGCCCGGCUCGGAGAUGGAACUGGAAUGCCGUUUCCGAGCCGGAGGAUGAUGGAUUCGAGGAUGUGGGUGGGAAGCAGGGACUCCGAAAGUGGACGGAAGCUCUAAGCACCAGUCUACUCACAAUCACAUCUCCAUUAUCGAUCGUGCUACGCGCGCGUCUGUGGCGGGAUGUUAUGGACAUCGUCGAGUCUACUCGCGCUACCGGCAGCAUGGAUGGUGUAGAUCAGGGUGAAAGCCACUGGAUCCUUCGGAACCUGAGCAAGAAACAGUAUUUUCGACUCGACCUUCUGCCAUGCUUUCGCGGUCAUGGCCCACAAGCCCUCGUACAAGGGAGUCGAUGGCUAAGUCUCGACCAAGCACUUAUCAUGCGCAUUGCGUGGAAUGGGGCUUCGGCAAGGGAUGCUUUCUUUACUGAGCUCGAAACAUUAUCCGAGGGGCUAGGCUGCGGUGCCUGGGCGGGGCAUGCUCUCGAUGUUGUUUGUGCGGCUAGCCACGAACACAUGGAAUGGAUGGCAAAGGGAGAAGAUGUCACGGAUGAGAUUGUGUUGAUGGCGGAGCAGAUUAGUAAGUUGCAUGAACAUUGGGCGAAGGGAGGCUCUAUGCAACUGGCAGGAAGUCGUGCUGACCAAGCCAAUCUAGACAAUCUUAGUAUGCAAGCGUUGCAAAGGGAGUAUUGGGCGCGUGCUCGGGCACGUCAGCAUACGGACUGA